AGACAAUUGCUCGAAGGGAUCUCAUGCUGCGGAUAACAACCUUAAUCGUAUGUAUACGUUCGUAUUUAAAUAAGUAAAAUACAGAUCCAUUCUUUAAAACGCCAGACGUAAUCAUAUGUAUAAUGUGAGACUAUUUGGGCUAUUUUAUAUUAUUUAAUUUUACAUUUCACAGGAAAAACUUGGUUAGGGCGACAGUCAAAUGUCACUAGAUGUUGUCCAGAUGUAUAGCGAUACAGACCUAUUUAAAUGCCACUGAAAUAUCUGACGAACAUUUAUCACUGGUACUCGAUGAUUUUGAGAAUGAUAUUAACAUUGAUUUGUUGCUCUUUGACCAUGAUUCUGUGAAAACAGAUAAAACGUUUACACGAUUGAUGCACAUGUGUAUACAAAACGGUCUACCAAGAAAUUACAUUAAUCGCUGUAUUAGAGAGUACAUAGCAUCUAGAACAAAUCAACUUUGCCGAGGUAAUAACAACGAAACAGAUGACGAUGAACCAAUUCGAUUUGAGUUGAUAAGUAGCGACUCAGACUCGGACAGUACAGAAAAUGAAAACAGACCCAUUACAGACUUUUAUAACAGACUUAAUACCACAUAAAGACAUCAUCAGGGGCUGAAUACGGAUGAGGUUAAUCAUGCAUAUUCCCUACGAAUUCCCCAGAAUCUUACUCUCCCUGAAAUACUCCAUCAUUUACAUAGAUUAUUUUAUCACAUUGUAUUUGAUGAACUACUUUCGGAUAUCCCCAAUGAUGCUUUGGUAUGUUUUCAUGUGUGCAAUAACAUCUUUAAAGAUCCUUUAAACACCGGCAAUUUAAUCAAAAAGAAUUGGACGAAAUAUUCACAUUUAAUAUGAUUAUCGUGCAUGGUCCCGGGUUUGGCCUCCAUCUGAAAAAGAAAGGUUCCCUAAGAGAU